AAAUCGCGGAGGAUUUCAGCGUCGGGGUGGCGGUAUCCCAGGAAUCCCAGGAAUGAGAGGUGGAAUGGGCAAUGCACAUUUCAGAAAUCAGAAUCAACCUUUUCAGGCCCGUGGACCUCCUCAACCUGGACCAGCUCUCGCGAAACAACUCAACAAUCUGCCCAAUCAACCAAAUCAAGUCACUCCACAGAAACCACCAGGGCCUGUCGUACAACCUGGGGUGCAAGUGCAGCAGUCUCCUAACGCUGCUACCAAGCCAGCAACGCCAAUCCACCUAACCAAGCCGCCAACGCCGCAGGCCGGCAAUGCAGAUGCAGGCCCACCGAAGAUUCAGUCGCCUCCUCCAGUUGUUAAGAAAGAUUUUUCUUCCCCACAGAGCCAUGCAAACAACAAAAACCAGAACCAAAACAAGCCGGGAAAUGGUAACGACCAGGGCCAUAAACAAGGUGCUGGUAUGGAUAAACCUCAACCGAACCUUAACCAACUGAAGAAGAAUGCCGAACAGAGCGAGCCGACACCGGAAUUUAAAGCCACUCUCUCCUUGCUUCGGAGGCCUGGUGAAAAGACAUUCACCCAGCGAUGCCGCCUCUUCAUUGGAAACUUGCCUAACGACAUAACUGAAAAUGAGUUCAAAAAACUGUUUUCAAAAUAUGGGGAGCCAAGCGAAAUUUUCAUCAACCAAAGCAAAGGAUUUGGAUUCAUCAGACUGGAGUCCCGGGCCCUGGCCGAGAUCGCUAAAGCAGAAUUGGAUGAUGUGCCCAUGAAAGGCAGAAUGCUUAGGGUGCGGUUUGCAACACACUCUGCUGCCCUCUCUGUCAAAAACCUCUCUCCAUUCGUGUCUAAUGAGCUUCUGGAGGAAGCCUUUUCUCAGUUUGGAUUGGUUGAGCGAGCAGUGGUAAUUGUUGAUGACCGUGGGCGGUCAACAGGCAAAGGGAUUGUUGAGUUUGCCCACAAGCCUGCUGCCAGGAAGGCCAUUGACCGCUGCAACGAUGGAGUCUUCUUGCUCACCACGACACCUCGCCCAAUUGUUGUGGAACCACUUGAACAGUAUGAUGAUGAGGAUGGGUUGCCAGAGAAACUUGCACAGAAAAACCCAAAAUAUCAGAAAGAACGUGAGCAGCCUCCCCGCUUCGCCCACCGAGGUUCGUUUGAGUUUGAGUACUCCCAACGCUGGAAGUCUCUGGAUGAGAUGGAGAAGCAGCAGCGACAGCAGGUUGAGAAGAACAUCCGUGAGGCACGAGAGAAGCUGGAGAGUGAAAUGGAUGAUGCUUUCCACGAGCACCAGGCCAACAUGCUGCGCCAAGAUCUGCUGAGGCGCCAGGAGGAGCUUCGUCGGAUGGAGGAGAUGCAUAACCAGGAAAUGCAGAAACGUAAAGAGAUGCAGCUCAGACAAGAGGAAGAGCGGCGAAGGCGUGAGGAGGAGAUGCUGAGGCAACGAGAGGUGGAGGAACAAAUGAGACGCCAGCGGGAAGAGAACUACAGGAUGGGAGGCUUCAUGGGGGAUAGAGAGCGGGAGAUGAGGCUGAAGACAGGUGCUGGUAUCUUAGCAGAUGCGCCCUUUGGCACACCAAAUCCAAAGUUCUUGGGUGGGCUUGGCUUCGAUCAAGGCCUGGGGGGACCUCCACCAGGUGGACUGAUGGGCGAAAUGAGAAAUGAGCGCUUUCCCCAGGGAGGCCCAGGAGGCCCAAGAGGUAUGGGCCCAAAUAACCCAGGGUUUGGGCGGGUGCGUGAGGAGUUUGACGGGCCUGCCAAGAAGGCCCGGUUUUAAAGCUGUCAUCAAUUCCUUUUGAUAAAAUACGCUUUUGUGUAGAUUCUUGACACCUUGAGUCAUAAUUUGAUGUAUUUGAGGACUAUAAUUACAUUUUAAGCUUGAAGUCUUGUCUGUUUUGUGGCAAAAGUUCCUUUUUUGCAUUUUAUGUUGUACUUGGAAUAGAUGGGAAUUCGUUAAUAACUCUUAGUGGUCUUUUGACCAGCCCUUUCCCUUGUCAUGUCCCCUCCACUAUAUCAUGCUCUGUGAUGUGACGUGAUGGUAAACUUCAUCUUACCUUUCUGUGGCUUUUUUUUUUGUUUUUGUUUCUUUUUUUGUUUUGUGCCAUUUAACAGUAAACCCUGUAACUUCACAAUAAAGAGUACAGUUGGUUAUUUCCAAACAUUCUAAGUACGUUCUUGGUUUUGGCAGUUGCGUUUGCUGGUCACUAGUCAUGAGGAAUGGAUUGGGGGUGGGGCCGGGGGGUCCUUUCAUUAAAUUGAGCUGUGUAGUCGACUUCCGCUACAAAUAUCCUGAGCUUUGUUUCGGCUUGAUGGGUUGACGAAGCACAGCAAGAUGGGGGGUGAAACUUAUGUUGCACAAGACUCGCGCCUACAUGGUCUUUAAGUAGUCGUCGUCCCUAGUGUCAAUUGUGUAUUAACUGAAUCGAUUGGGUAGACAGGGUAUCUUUAGUUACGCCCUACUGCAAAGUUGCCUUAUUGAAAUUCAGUUAGAAGACCCUUUAAUGUCUUGAUGGUGAAAUGGACUACUGCCAUCGCAAUUUAUCACAACAGAGGAGUGAAGCAAGUGCUUUACAAGUUAAAUGGAACUUAAAUCACAUAGGUACAUAGAUGUAGUAUCAGUUUAAAUAAUGGCGUACAUGGAAAUGUUCCACGCAAUGAACACUAGUCAGUGUGAGUUCCAGAAUUGGACUUCGUAAUAAAUGUGUUUCUGACAGUAAUAAAGUAUCAAUGAGAA